GUUCACGCCCAGCAAUCCACUCACACAGACGACUGGCCUUCGCGCUCAGCAUCUCUAAAUGAACUUAAUUAAAAAGAUCAUUCUUUGCAGUAACAUCCGGUCAUAUAGUUAUUCCCAUGAGUCUCAAACUGCUACUACAUUUGAAAGUAGACAGUUAGUAUUACAUGCCGACGUAAUUACAUCUUGGAUUUUACUUCGCGAAGUUACAGCUACUUGGAUCUUGAGAAGGAAGGUUUAUAUCUGGAUUCAUUUAUCGGAAUACAGACCCACCAUAUACAAGAUGAGGGGAGAUACAAACUGCACAAAGUACACGUUGGUAGCCUUCAAUGCAAUUCUCUUUAUUGUGGGAGGAGCCGUUCUUGGAGCGGGGGCGCAUCUCCACAUUAAGGAGGGGCCGUUUAUGACGUUACUUCCCAGCAUGCCUUUCCUGAACGUGGCGAACAUCAUGAUCAUUGCCGGGAUCGUCAUCCUCGUCGUUUCUUUCAUCGGGGCUUACGGGGCUAUUAAGGAACAUUCAUGUUUGCUACUAACGUACUUCGUUUUCAUGGUCCUCGUUUUUAUCUUGGAAGUCUCUGCGGGGGGUCUUGGUUUCGCGUAUCGCUGGCAGGUGGCCAAAUAUGUAGCCAAUGAGAUGCGAGCUGGUGGUUUAGCUAAAUACAACGCGCCGGGAGAGGGCGGUCUAACAAAAGCAUGGGACAAACUCCAGAGUACACUUGGGUGUUGCGGAGUUUUCAACGACACCGACUGGGCUAACACGGGGACCGGUAUGUUCUUAACCCGACAGACACCCGACUCAUGCUGCCUCUUCCCCGCUCCGGGAUGCGGCAAAGACGUCAACUCCGAGAAGUUCAUCCGGGGAUGCAAGGGCGCCAUCAUAAUGGAGUUAGAAUCGAAAGCCCAUGUCGUUGGUAUUGCGUGUAUCAUCAUCGCAAUUUUUCAGAUCUUCGGUAUUGGACUUUCUUACACAAUGUGGAAGAAUGUCAAUGAGAGAGGAGGCAACUACGUGUAAAAUGUAAUCAUGAUAAUUAACUGUAAAAAACUUCACUGAUGUGUAUAUACCGAUCCACAACGCAAGAGGGCGACACAUGCGCCGUCUCACACGCCCGAAUUGCAAAAAGAAGGCAUGCACAUUCAUUCGACUGAAAUAGAUAGGGCAAUCAACAUGAUCGCUGAACGUCUUUGGCUCUAAUUGGGAAGUGACGUCAUUUUACUUUUGGAACUACUUGACUGGCUGAAGGACUACGGUUAUUUUUAUUGUUUUUGGUGAUGAAUGAGAUUUCGUCACGUAAUGUUUCCAUGUUGAUUUAUUUCCAAAAAUAAAGCGGUCAACAUAAUUAUAAUACCCUAAUAAUGGUAAGACAUUAAAUGUGAUAUUGAAUUGCCUGUAUGAACAUUAGUCUCCCUGAUGUAGUAGUAAUCCGUAUAUAUAUUUUUUACUGUAAUUUCACACUCGUAUCUGAGGGGAAAAAUUACAGAUCUAUGCGACACCUACUUGUAUACAUGUAUUUUACAUGUAGUUUACGCAGAGCAUACAUGUAGUUUACGCAGAGCAUACAAAGACUGUAUAUAAGGAUGCCUAUAUCUUGUCUCGCGUUUCACCCAAUAAUGGCCCUUACGACCUUCUGAUCUUUCUUGGAUAUACGCCACCAAAGGGGUGCACGGUGCAAAAAAAAAGUUUGUUCUCUCUAAAUUCCUUAGAAUGAAACAGAUUGCCAUCGGGACCUGAUGCAAAGUUGGAUUGAAGCUUUCAAUCUCAUAUUUAGAUAUUGGAUUCAAUCUUAUUCGAUUGAAACUUUCAAUCCAAUAUUAUAGAUUGGUCCCCGACAGGCUAGUAUUAGAUUGAUUUUCAAUCUACGGAAUUUAGAGAGUUCAAU